AUGGCGUUCGAAGACAUGGACCGCGAGACGAAAACGCCGACUGACCUUCAGACACAUGGAUUCCUCUAUGACUUCGACAAAGUUGCCAGAUCUCUGAUAUUCUCACACUCUUUCUUGCCCGAUUUCAGUGGCUCAGGACAUGGCCAGGAGAUCAACUUGCCUGUUCCUCCCAAUGGGAAUCAUUCGGAGAUGAAAAAGAGGGACAUCACGAACAGAAGGUCCACUGCAGUUGUACUAUAUGAGACACCUGCAUAUGCCGCCGAGAGAACAGUACACUCGGUGUUUAUCCCAGUCAUCGUAUGUGGUUGGCGAUGCAUUACGGAAGACUUCGAAAACGUCUGCCAAAGAGUCCAUCAUGAGCUCCAAUUGUGCUAUCUCUACAGUGUCCUCGAACCACAAAGUGCCCUCGACAUUCGUAAGGAAAUAUUGCAGGCAUUCUGGCACAUCGAGCGACAUUAUGGCGGAGAUACGUGGCGUGGCAAGGUUCAGACCCCGGACAACGAGACAUACUCCGCAGUGGCAUUUGACAUGAGCUUCUUCAAUCGAGAGGAGCAUGUUCUUGAUCCAAAUCUUCCUUAUGGACCGGCCUGGGAGUGUCAUAUGGGUGCUAGAUCUCGCGAUUCGCAAGAGUGGUCAGAAAUUGGGCGCUAUCAGGCCAAGUGGAACGCCAAGACAGAUAAGCUGGAUUGCAAAAUGGUAGAGAAUCCUGCCUUCCAAGUUGUGCCUCAGAAAGACAGCUGCUACCUGGUCGCUGAAGCGCUGGAAGAACUCCGGGGGAUGGACGAAGAGGGAGAGGAGCUGGUACCUCUGCUGCGUAGGUUCUCCUUGCAGAGUCUGGAAUGGUGUCAGCCCCGGUAUAGAACGCAAUGGGAGAUUCUCGAGAAUGUGCUGAUCUCCUUCUGUGGCGGCAAUCCGAAGACUGCAGAGUGGCUCCGAGAUGAUGCCAGAAAGAAGAAAGCAGAGAAAGCAAGAAAUAGGGAAGUUGGUAGCGCUCUUGCGGAGGAACUGGAGUAG